CUCAAUAAUUUUUAAAUCAUUAUUCACAAUAUGAAGGGUAAAUCCUUGAGAACGAAUGUUCCGUAUUCUGGUACUGUUCCCGACUGCCUUUUAUGGGAAUUACUUAGAAACAACCACGCUUUCUUGAAAAAGUCUCGCACCACCACCUUUUCUCUUGAAUCACAUAACCUUCUCUCAAGACACUGUCCAAGAUUUACCGGGUAUACCAAUAAACCGUCGUAUAACGUUGUUUUAAAUUCAACAGCGUCACUAGUUACUUUUAAGAAAAACAAUCUUAAAAAUUCUAGACGCCCUUCAUCUAAAAUCUCUGUGAAGACCCUUAUAAAAUCACUUAAGUUAUUGGAUUCCGUCAAGACCACCGUUAGAAAGGACCGUCCCGAUCUCACGGAACUUUUGGCACGUAAAUUCACAAUGCUCGUUAAGUCCAAAACCGAAGAUAAAUUUGAGACUUAAUUUUCUCAUCCUAUA